AAUUGUAUGACAAUCGAGUGGUCAACAAUGGACAUCACGAUUCUGUCUGGCUAGACAAUUGAUAUCAUAAGUUCAGAUGCAUGUGUGGCAUCGCUAAUGAGUUUUCCAGGCGUACUCACUUGUGCACGGGAUAAAUUGUCAUUGAGAUGAGAGAUUUCUGCUCUUUUAAUUUUUUUUUUUCAUACGUGUGCGUGAUGCAAGGGGGCGGAGCACUGAUAGAGCACUAUCUUUCGAUACAGAGCGGUUUAUGGGAUUUAUUUUCUCCCUUUUGCGGAAGACACACAACAGUCGAGUCGUUGGAGUGAAUUUAUCUAAUUGGGGGAUUUGUGGAGGCUGGGGUAUUGUUGUCAAAGGAAGGUCGUUGCAUGAAUUUUUAAUACGUCGUCUCUAAAAAGGCAAGAGCAAAGAGGCAGAGAUAAAGAGGAUAAAUAAAGAAUUGGCAAAUAUAAGGAGCAAAUUCAAAGGUGAUAAAACACUCGAUGGAUAUCAGAAGAAAAAAUAUGUCUGCAAACUGCUGUUUAUUUUCCUUCUCGGCCAUGACAUUGACUUUGGACACAUGGAGGCAGUUAAUUUAUUAUCCUCUAACAAGUAUUCGGAAAAGCAAAUCGGAUACCUCUUCAUAUCGGUUUUAGUGAAUACAAACAGUGAUCUCAUAAAACUCAUAAUCCAGAGUAUCAAGAAUGAUCUCAGCUCACGUAAUCCAAUUCACGUGAAUCUGGCAUUGCAAUGUAUCGCCAAUAUUGGUAGUAAAGAGAUGGCCGAGGCAUUUGGCAAUGAAAUACCAAAACUCCUAGUGUCUGGAGAUACGAUGGAUGUGGUGAAGCAGAGUGCAGCCCUCUGCCUGCUGCGUCUCCUGCGAACAGCCCCAGAUGUUGUUCCAGGUGGUGAAUGGACAUCACGAAUCGUGCACCUUCUGAAUGACCAGCAUCUGGGUGUAGUGACAGCAGCAGCUUCGUUGAUCGACGCCCUGGUGAAGAGAAAUCCUGAAGAAUACAAGGGUUGUGUGAGUUUAGCUGUCUCUCGACUCAGCAGAAUCGUCACAUCGAGCUACACAGACCUGCAGGACUACACGUACUACUUCGUUCCAGCACCCUGGCUCUCUGUAAAACUCCUGCGACUCCUCCAGAACUAUACACCCCCAGCAGAAGAUCCAGGUGUACGAGGAAGACUAAACGAAUGCCUAGAGACGAUUCUUAACAAAGCCCAAGAGCCCCCAAAAUCUAAAAAGGUCCAGCACUCGAAUGCAAAGAACGCUGUUCUCUUCGAGGCGAUCAGCCUCAUCAUCCACAACGACAGCGAGCCGAACCUCCUGGUGCGAGCUUGCAAUCAACUCGGCCAAUUCCUCUCAAACCGAGAGACUAAUCUCCGCUAUUUGGCCCUGGAAUCAAUGUGCCACCUGGCAACAUCAGAGUUCUCUCACGAGGCUGUCAAAAAGCACCAGGAGGUCGUGAUACUCUCAAUGAAGAUGGAGAAAGAUGUGUCGGUGCGUCAGCAGGCAGUUGAUCUCCUCUACGCCAUGUGCGACAAGAGUAACGCCGAGGAAAUUGUCCAGGAGAUGCUGAAUUACCUCGAGACAGCUGAUUACUCCAUCAGGGAAGAGAUGGUCCUCAAGGUCGCUAUAUUGGCUGAGAAAUACGCGACGGAUUACACGUGGUAUGUCGACGUGAUCCUGAAUCUCAUCAGGAUAGCUGGUGAUUAUGUGUCUGAGGAGGUAUGGUACAGAGUCAUUCAGAUCGUUAUAAAUCGAGACGAUGUUCAGGGAUACGCUGCCAAGACUGUCUUCGAGGCACUUCAAGCACCUGCUUGUCACGAGAAUAUGGUCAAAGUUGGUGGUUAUAUUCUCGGAGAAUUUGGUAAUCUCAUCGCCGGGGAUCAGAGAUCAUCACCAGCUGUACAGUUUCAACUUUUACAUUCCAAGUAUCACCUCUGCUCACCCAUGACACGAGCUCUUCUACUGUCAACUUACAUCAAGUUUGUGAAUUUAUUCCCCGAGAUCAGGGGACCCAUUCAGGAUGUCUUUAGACAGGACAGCAAUCUCAGGAGUGCCGAUGCUGAACUCCAGCAGAGAGCAUCGGAGUAUCUCCAGUUGAGUAUAAUUGCAUCGACGGAUGUAUUAGCAACUGUCUUGGAGGAAAUGCCAGCAUUCCCUGAGAGAGAGUCCUCCAUUCUGGCAGUUCUGAAAAAGAAAAAACCAGGGCGAGUGCCAGAGAAUGAGAUCAGAGAGAGCAAGAGUCCAGCGCCCAAUACCAAUCAUCAUGCAGAGGCCCCUUCUGCCAUUUCUGUUGCCAAUGUUAAUAAUUCAUCGGCGGAUUUGUUGGGACUCUCUACACCCCCUUCAUCGCAGCCUACUAGCAAUACUGGAGUUCUUCUGGAUGUUCUCGGUGAUAUCUAUAACAUGCCCAACAAAGUUGGUGCUACUAAUGGUGCACAGAAUACGUAUAAUCCGAAAAAGUUUGUCUGUAAAAACAAUGGAGUUCUAUUCGAGAAUGAUUUAAUUCAGAUCGGUGUGAAAUCAGAAUUCCGACAGAAUCUUGGGCGAAUUGGUCUGUUCUAUGGCAACAAAACGCAGUAUGCACUUAAUAAUUUUGCUGUACAGCUGUCCUGGUCGGAGGAAGACCAGAUGAAGCUCGCUGUGCAGGUGAAACCGGUGGAUCCUGUGCUGGAAGCUGGUGCUCAGAUACAGCAGAUGAUCAAUGCUGAGUGCGUCGAUGACUACAACGAUACACCUGCAAUGCUCAUAUCGUUUGUGUACAACAAUGUGCCACAGAAGAUAACGAUGAAAUUGCCACUGACGAUAAAUAAAUUCUUCGAGCCCACGGAAAUGAAUGGCGAGUCUUUCUUCGCAAGAUGGAAGAAUCUUGGUGGUGCUAAUCAGCAGCGUUCGCAGAAAAUCUUCAAGGCCCAAACACCGAUGGAUCUCCAGCAGGUUCGCACUAAGCUCCAGGGCUUUGGAAUGCAACUGCUGGACGGCAUCGAUCCGAAUCCUGACAAUUUCGUAUGCGCUGGGAUUGUCCACAUGAGAGCACAACAGGUCGGGUGUCUUCUGCGUCUCGAGCCGAAUAAACAAGCGCAGAUGUUCCGGUUAACCGUGCGCUCGAGCAAAGAGUCAAUGUCAAUAGAGGUAUGCGAUCUCCUGGUGGACCAAUUUUAAAGUGCCCCUGAGGUACUCACAAGGACACAGAAACAUCAGCUCACCAAUGUUCUGUUAAUUUAUGCAACCCCGAAAACCCCGUGGGGACCUCACCGCUAGUUCUCAACGUACAACGAGGACACUGUUGUUGAUAUUACCUUGGUGAUGUAUCCGCAUGUAUCCCAAGAUUAUACUCAUGAUGGCACAUCACGUGCAUAAAGCAUCUUUAAUCAUGCCAAGCCUCAUUAUUCGAGAUAAUUCAAGAUGUGAUAACGACGACAUUGUUGAUGAAGAAAUGAACAAAAGACCUGUCACAUUUGGCGAGAGUACCACAUUGGGAUGAAAAUACGUUGAAGGACAGUAUUAAGUCCAGAAUUUAAUUAUUCAUUUUUGUAUUGAUUCAGUUCAUAAUAUCGCUCAUCCAUCUAUUUUGUUUUUUUUUUAAUCUUUCGAUUUGUUAAUUCUCCCACCGUGAAGCACUGAGGAAUGGCUAUUAUUUUAAAUCAAUAGAAAUCAGUAGACUUGCUCCUGAGUCUUCCCUGUGGUGCUCUGCGGUCUGUCUUCUUGCUGUAUGUCUCAUUUUUCCAGUUUAUCGCGUGUUAUCUUGUGUCUGCCCUCUGUGUCAGAAAUCAACGCGUGGGCUUUUACUUCUCCCUGGGCCUGACGAUAAUAGCUGUAUAAUAUUAAUAUUCAUUUACCGUAAGUCCAGUGUUAUUUAAUGAAGCUCAAAAAUGCAGAAAACUUUUGCUCUCCCGUCUGACGGUUUACGCCCCAGAUUUUUCUUUUGUCGUUGUCACUAGAAUUUCUGUUCUUUUUUUUCUGGUUCAUCAGUGACUCGCAAAAAAUCAUCGAAUGAGAAUUAUACGAGUCGUUAAUUUUUUUUUUAUCCUAUUUUUAAUUUCUAUGGAUUUUCUUUGGCUCUUGGAGGGAAAUGAUUGAACUAUCUCAAUGCAGUUAUUCAUUAAAUUGUAAAGGUAGUACCAUAAUUGUACAUAAAUGUCACGCUGAUUGUUCGUAGCAGUUGACGUGAGAGAUUAUUAAUGAGAAGAACGUGUGAGUUUAUUCGUGAAUUUAUGGAGAAGCUAUUCUCGCUGUCAGACAACCGCUACGCUUUUUUUUCUGAAUUUGUUUUUAUUAUUUUUUUUUUUGUUGCACUGUUAAAUGCUCCAGGUCACUGUCUGUCGUGAUCCGUCGUAAGGUGUAUCUUUUUUUUUUGUUCACUGUAAUCUGUGACGCUUUUUUCUGUGCAUUCAUAUAAUUCUGAUGAAUUGUAAAAGAAUUUCAAAGUAAAUUAUAAUAAUUCAGUGAAUUGGCUUUUUUUUUCAUUUCGAUUAUGAGGGAUAGAAGGGGAUACUGAAGUUUUGGUUUUAUUUUUAAUUGUUAUUGAUACGAGAAUAAUAUCCGGUGGAGAACCGGUUGGACAGGACGUUAACGUGAAUCUCAACAAGUCAUUAUAUGAUAAUCAACUUUCUUCAGUAUCCAAAGGAAAUUUAAUAACCAAAAAAUUGAAUAUAAAAAUACGAACAGAUUAUAAAUCUCAGAUAAUGAGAAUCGAUCAUCCCAUGUUUUACAGAAUAUCUCGAGAGAAUUUGUCUUUUGAGCUUUCAAAUGAUUAUUUACAAUAAAACAUUGAGAAAUCUUUAUUGUACAAAGAACUUAGAGGAAAAUUAUGAAAUAAAAAUUCACAGAGGGAGUAAUAUUCGAAUGAUUAGACUAUGCCUCAUCGUAUAUUCGCAGGAGAUAUAAAGAAGUAUAUAUGUAUCAUGAAUUCGUAUAUAAAAGGAGAAUCGUGAAUUCGAGAAUGAGAGGUGCACGAUUGUCACAGAUAAAUGAUAAAAAUCGUGUAGACAACCCCUAAAAAAAAAUCCCCUGGAAUUUCUUGUAUAUGUUGCGUUAUAUUUUCCUCCCUGUCAAUUUUAAAUUCAGUUUCUCCAUUAUAAAAACGAAAAUGAAUUUAUAAUCGCCAAACUGUAAAAGAGCGAACAAUCUCUGUAAUUAUUUGAAUUAUUUUUUAUCGUUGAGUCCCAUGUACAUGUAUGUUUGUAAGACACUAUUGAUUUAUAUUAUUAAACAAUAUAAUAUCUCGUACCCAUGUUGCAUUGAUUCCAGAAUAAAUCCACGAUAAUCCAAGUGAAUGAAUAAAAUUGUCGACUAUAUUGCGUCGAAUAAAACGGCCUCACGGGGUAUAAUCGUUACCACUCAGUCCGAUAAUCCGAUAAUAAUACAAAGGGGAUUAGAAAUGAGAUAAAAUAUGAACGAAACUGUGUGUUUAUGAUGUAAUGUUUACAAAGAAGUACAUUAGCCCUUACCGACUAAACUCGUACAAUUUGAAAGUGAAAUAAGACUGCCCGUUCACAUUAAAUUCGUGAUAUCAUCACACGCUUAAAAUUCCCAUUAUUUACCACCAGCGAAAAUAAACUGUUGAAAAUUUCAAUUGCCAUCUUCAAAUCGAUCACUUCUCCCAAUCGAUUUCCAUUCGAUCAAAAACAAAAAUUCCGAAAUUAUUGAAUUCUUCAGUUUUCCGGUAUUUUCUCAGUGAAAAAUUAAUAAUAUUUUAAUAGCGCAAUAUUUCCUGUUUAAUUCUCAUAUUGAAUGGAUAAAAUUAAUGCAAAUAGCUCAAUUGAACCGGAAUAAAAUCGAAAUCACUUAUCAUUCUUCCAGGUGAACUACUGGAAUUUCAUGACAAAAUUAUGGAAAGACUUUUGCUGAAUAAUUCAUGUGGGUGUUCAGUGCCCAUGGAAAGUUGAUUUCCAUAUUAUUGGAACUUCUUGUGAGAUGGUGGAAGCUCCCGAGAUACAAUGAUUUUUCAAUUUCCCAUUGAAGACUCCAAUUAGAAAUUUUCACAUCAGAAUACGCUCGCAGUUGGAUUAACAAAUUGAUAAUAAUUGAUAAGCGUUCAGCUUUUGGCUCGUCUUUCGCUCUAAUUUCUCCACUGGCUCAACACAAAACGCUCAUACAAUUGUCACGACAAUACAUCAUCAAUAUCAUUCUGUAAAACCAUCUGGAUCAGGCUGCUUGACAAUUGUACGGG